AUGAGAAAUUCAAACAAGAAUGCAGCUGUUUUGUUGCUUAUCUUGCUGUUUCUCAGCAGCUCUACCUCAACCUGCAAUGCGCAUCUUUCUUCCCAGUUUUACGACCACACGUGUCCGAAUGCAGUCAGCACCAUUCGGAGUGUUAUCCGAACAGCAGUUUCACGCGAACGUCGGAUGGCGGCGUCUCUUGUUCGUCUCCAUUUCCAUGAUUGUUUUGUUCAGGGAUGUGAUGCAUCAAUUCUACUCAAGGAUGCACCCUCUAUCACAAGCGAAAUAAACGCAUCGCAGAAUAAUAAUUCUGUAAGAGGUUUUGAAGUGAUAGACAGUGCCAAAGCUGAGGUUGAGAAGACAUGCCCUGGAGUUGUUUCCUGCGCAGAUAUUCUUGCGGUGGCUGCACGUGAUGCAUCUGUUGCUGUGGGUGGCCCAUCUUGGUGUGUGAAGCUCGGAAGAAGAGAUUCCACAACCGCAAGCUUAACUCUAGCCCAAACAGAACUUCCACUUGCCACUGAUGACCUUCAGACACUUCUUUCUAACUUUGCUCGCAAAGGCCUUACUGCAGAAGAUAUGGUCGCUUUAUCAGGUGCCCACACUUUAGGGCAAGCUCAAUGCAUCACAUUUAAAGACCGGAUAUACAACGAUGGGAGUGAUAUUGAUGCUGGAUUUGCUAGCACUCGCCAGCGCCGUUGUCCAGCUACGGGCGGCGAUCAAAACUUGGCAGCACUUGACUUGGUGACUCCAAAUUCUUUUGACAAUAACUACUUCAAGAAUUUAAUUCAAAAGAAGGGUCUCCUUGCCUCAGAUCAAAUCCUCUUUAGUGGAGGGUCGACAGACAGCGUUGUUUCCAAAUAUAGUAGAAGCCCUGCCACUUUCAAGUCUGAUUUUGCAUCCGCCAUGAUUAAAAUGAGUGAAAUUGAUCUUCUCACUGGUUCAGCUGGGCAGAUAAGAAGGAUUUGUAGUGCUGUUAACUAGUUAAAACUGCUCUUUCCCAAAUACUCACAAGUACUACUAUAUGUAACAA